CUCAAAUCGAUUUGGAAAAUUAUUAAAAUUGCAAUUUUUCGUAAAUUUCAGUGGCUUUCACAGUGAAAAGCCAAUUUUUUCGGUGUUUGCAGUGAUCGGCGACUGUUUCUGCGAUGGGAUCCGCUGAAGAUAACGCUAUUUUGACGAUAAAUAGCUUUCUGGACCAUGAUAUUGAUGUCACAACCAACAUGGAUUUUCCGGAUCUCGAGUUCGAGUAUGCCGAUAAUGACACGCAUGCCAACGAAAUUGCCGAACUUUACAGCUACACGGAAAAUAACGAGUUCCAGAUGAACGUAAAAGCUUUUGAGGAGCUCAUGGAACAAAGCAACAUGCCGCCCAGCUGGCAAAAACUCAACGACGAACAACGAAAAUGCAUCGUUCUCAAUCUCAUGGACAAGUUGGAGGUCUCCAAGAAGGUAACACGCUUGAAGGCAUGUCGCAGCAUCCUGUAUUUGGUCCAAGGGUGCUGGGCGGAGGUUCAAUCCGACCAGGAACAGCAAUAUUGGGCACGAGAAAAUGUCAAGCUGCUUUACACGUUGGGAGUUUUUCAGGCAGUUGUCGAGCUGUUGAAUCUCGAGAUUGAAAAUUCGUACGCCGCGAACGUUGCAAUCCGUAAAAUCGCCGUUUCGCUUGCUGAUUCGACAGAUUUGAGGACAAUUUUGUCGAUUUUGUACAUAAUUACGGAAGUGAUACGGGCGGAGAAGGAAAACGACUCGGAGGACUUUCGUAAAAUUGUGACGUCGUUCCAGGAGGACAUUUUAAACCCCAUUGGGGAUGAACUGUUGACCGUAAAGUUGCUUGGGAUGAUAACGAGAUUCUGUAGCGGAUCUGCGCCGCAUUUUCCGAUGAAGAAAGUUUUGUUGCUUUUGUGGAAAAUUACGUUAGUCAGUUUGGGAGGCAUGGAAGAGUUGCGAAAAUUAAAAGAACAAUAUAGGCGUGAAGCAGGUUUGCCGCCAGAUAAGGAAGAUACGUUGGAAAUAACGAAAGUAAUGAGGGCAAGUUCUCCUCCGGCGACGACAAGCGGUGAUGAAAUCAUUAAUCAGAAGCGUAGUCGACCUUUUAGACGAAGCUUAAUAAAGCAAAGUUCCCUUGACGAGCAAGAACAGAUGACAAUGGAGAUGGAAUCCAACAACGUCGAGAACGAAGAAGACCUCACAGACUACUAUCGCCAGUACGAGGACAUGAAUAACAGUGACAAAAUGAACAAUGAAUUGCCUCCCAACAACCCCGACGAGAAUCAAACGAACACGGAAGCACUUGAAAACCAUUUCAACGCAAUGCCGAAACUCCCAUGGACCCCAAAGGUUCGCGAAAAGGACAUUGAGGCAUUUUUGGAUGCAUCUCGUAGCAAAUUUAUCGGAUACACGUUGCAAAAUGACCUUCAAACGUUGGCGGGACUCCCGCAACCCAUCAAAGAAGGUGUCAGCAUCUUAAAACGACACGUUUACAUCAGUUUGGCUGACAUUCAGAUAAAAAGAGAAGAAGAAAUUGCGAGAAAUCCCGUCAGCUUGGCUGGAACCGACAUUAAAAUGACAUCUGCGGAAAUUUUGUAUCAAGCAAUUCUCCCGAAUUUGCCCCAAUAUAUGAUUUCUUUGUUGAAAAUCUUGCUUGCGGCUGCCCCAACUUCGAAAGCAAAAACUGACAGUAUUAACAUCAUGGCUGACGUUUUGCCCGAGGACAUGCCGAUGACAGUUGCCCAAUCGACCAAACUCGGCAUCGACGUGAAUCGCCACAAAGAAAUUAUCGUAAAAGCUGUUUCUGCCAUCCUUUUACUCUUCUUGAAGCAUUUAAAGCUAAAUCACAUCUAUCAAUUUGAAUUCAUGGCGCAACAUUUGGUCUUUGCAAACUGCGUGCCCCUCGUCCUGAAAUUCCUCAAUCAGAACAUCAUGAGUUACGUCGGCUCGAAAAAUGUCAUUCCAAUUAUGGAUUUCCCGUCGUGCGUCAUUGGCGAGCAAAAUGAACUCACGUCAGAUAGUUUGGUGAUCGGGGAUUCGGCGGCUUAUUCGUGGCGCAAUAUUUUCUCGUGCAUCAAUUUGUUGCGCGUUUUGAAUAAAUUGACAAAAUGGAAGCAUUCGCGGAUCAUGAUGUUGGUGGUUUUUAAGUCGGCGCCAAUUUUGAAGAGAACAUUGAAAGUGAGACAUGCCGUUAUGCAGUUGUACGUGUUGAAGUUGCUGAAGAUGCAAACGAAGUAUUUGGGAAGGCAAUGGAGAAAGUCGAACAUGAAGACAGUUUCGGCGAUUUAUUCGAAGGUUCGACAUCGCUUGAAUGAUGACUGGGCUUUUGGAAAUGAUCUCGAUGCCCGCCCAUGGGACUUCCAAGCGGAAGAAUGCACGCUCCGUACAUGCGUUGACGCCUUCAAUACUCGUCGUUACGUCGAUACGAGCAAUAUUAAUCGCGCAAACGGCGAAAUGGAAGAUUUAACCGACAUCAACAAUGAAAACUUCUUGAACUACUUCAUCCAUUCGGGCGGCGAAAACUUGAACAACAUGAACGAAGCUGACAAACUUCACGAAGUCCAACUCACGGAAGAAUUCAAACGCAAUUACGAGUCCUGGCUAGAUCGGGAAGUUUUUCAAAGCAACGUCGAUUGGGACAUGCUCAUGUCGCACGUCGAGUAAAAAAUUAAGAAUUUCAUAAAAGUUUAAUCCAGCAAAAAAAAAAUAAAAUUAACCUAAAAACUUUAGUAAAAACACACAAAAAUAAUUUUUAAAACC